AUGAACGAACUUAUAGAUCUCCAACAGAAGAUCUCUCACCUUGUCAGCGCAUUGUCUUUUAUUAGUCCUCGGGGCGAAAAUUUGGAUCAUAGUGACGAUGAGCAACGCAUAUCCGACCCCCCAUGCUCUCUCGAAGAGGAGCACGACCUGGGCACGACAUACAAGUCUGCCGAUGAAGUCGACUUUGAAGCACCGAUUACCUCUGGCGAAGAAGACAUCAAACGCAUUCAAAGCAAUACGUUAGACCGUCUUGCCGAAGUUUUGGCCAAGCUCAAGACAGCAAAAGGCGGCGAGAGGUCGGAUGACGCCAAUCGUGAUGCGAAGCAUGUGACCAGUUUGAUGAUGGUAGAAAACUUGAGUGAUGAUACUGUCAGAUUCUUUUACACCAAGAACGAGAUCCUUGAUUCCGAGGAUGUUCGGUUUUUGCAAAAUCUAGAACAUUUGUACCAGGGCAUAGUAAUGAAGGGCAAACCGAAACUCCUACCCCGUGCAGUGUUAUAG